AUGUCCAACCACACACAGCGAGUCGUUCGAGUGGCAGAGCCAAAUACUCAAUCAGCCUCCGAUUUAUUCAUUGAUCCCGAGUAUCCAAUACCAUCAUUUUCAAAUAAUAAUAAUAUUCCUCAAGCAUUGAUCAAAGUGUAUUACACUGCUCUCAACCGAGCUGAUAUUAUGCAACGAAAUGGCAAGUAUCCUCCACCUCCAGGAAGUAGUCCCAUAUUGGGAUUGGAAGUUUCAGGUUAUAUUGAAAAAUUUAGCACCAAUAGCCAUGAGGAAAAUGGUUUUAAAGUGGGAGAUCGAGUGAUGGCUCUUGUUGAAGGAGGAGGCUAUUCUGAAUUUUGCAUUGCUCCAAUCACACAAUUAUUCCAUUGCCCAAAAGAAUUAAGUUUGAAAGAGGCUUCUGCCAUUCCUGAAGCAUUUCUUACUGCAUUUCAGUGCUUUUUUAAAAUUGGAAAAUUAUUUCAAAGAAAAGGUGAUUUAAAUGUUCUUAUUCAUGCAGGUGCUAGUGGAGUUGGCCUAGCGUUGAUUCAGCUCUGUAAACUCAGUGGAUUGUGCUCGAAUAUUUGUGUUACUUGUGGAAGUAAUGACAAAGGGGAGUAUUGUAAAACAUUUGGGGCCACUCACUAUGUGAACUAUAAAGAACAUGCGAAAUGGAGUGAAAGAUUGUCGGAAUUGUUGACAGAAAAGACAGAAGUAGUUCCUCUCAUAGACUAUAUAUUAGAUCCCAUUGGAGGAAAUCAUUAUUUGGAACAAGACGUGCAAGUUGCAAGAUUAGACGCUGUAAUUAUUGGCAUUGCCUCCAUGGGAGGAGCAUCUGCAACUAUUGAUCUUUCUCAAAUGCUAAGAAAAAGACUUAGUAUUCAAUACAGCACCCUCAGAAACAGAUCUCCACAAUACAAGGCUGAAUUAUUCACAGAAUUUCAGGAUUACAUUAAGGACGCUUUUGUCACUAAAAAACUCAUUCCCAAUAUUGAUCGUGUUUUCAAAAUGGAAGAUGUGUCCAAAGCACACGAGUACAUGGAACAAAACAAAAACAAUGGUAAAAUUAUUCUUGAAAUUAGACAUGAAGAGUAG